AUCCGCACACCCAUCCACAUUCCCCGUUGUUUUUCGUGGCUCGUUUGGAGAGACCGAAUGGAGACUCGAGUCUCCAUCUGGUCUCGGUGAACGGCCGGGGCAAGGUGUCGCCUCCUCAUCGAUGGUCCGCUCGAGAGUCUCGACAGAAUGGAGAUUCGAGCGGGGCCCCGUAGUUGGGUUUCCUUGCUCCUUUACCCCGGAUGCGAUGGCUGGAUUCUCCCCUCAUUGCGAGCAGUCGAGCAGGUAUAAAUAUGGGGAUGGACCUCCAAGGUUCUCAUCGCCAUCACCAACGCAAUCUCCAAUCCAGCCAAGGCAAGCAAUCAAUCAAACAAACCAACUCCACAUCCAAUCUAUCUUUUUCCAACCAACCAACCAACCAAAAUGUCCAUUCCCGAUAAGCAGUGGGCCCAAGUCGCCGAACAGGUCGGCGGCCCCCUCGUCUACAAACAAAUCCCCGUCCCCAAGCCGGGCCCCGACCAAAUCCUCGUCAAGAUCAAAUACUCGGGCGUCUGCCACACCGACCUGCACGCAAUGAUGGGCCACUGGCCGCUCCCCGUGAAGAUGCCGCUCGUGGGCGGGCACGAGGGCGCCGGAAUCGUCGUCGCCAAGGGCGAGCUGGUCCACGACUUCGAGAUCGGCGACCGCGCGGGCCUCAAGUGGCUGAAUGGAUCCUGUGGCGACUGCGAGUUCUGCCGGCAGGCGGACGAUCCGCUCUGUGCGCAUGCUGCCCUCAGCGGGUAUACUGUCGACGGCACAUUCCAGCAGUAUGCGCUGGGCAAGGCCAGCCAUGCGAGUAAGAUCCCGGACAAUGUCCCGCUCGAUGCAGCGGCUCCCGUGCUCUGCGCUGGUAUCACCGUGUACAAGGGCCUGAAGGAAGCCGGCGUGCGUCCUGGGCAAACUGUGGCGAUCGUGGGCGCUGGCGGUGGUCUGGGGUCGCUUGCGCAGCAGUAUGCAAAGGCCAUGGGGAUCCGGGUUGUGGCGGUUGACGGGGGCGACGAGAAGAGGGCCAUGUGCGAGGCGCUCGGCACGGAGACGUAUGUCGACUUCACCAAGUCCAAGGACCUCGUUGCAGAUGUCAGGGCCGCGACGCCUGACGGGCUCGGCGCGCAUGCUGUGAUCCUCCUCGCGGUCUCCGAGAAGCCCUUCCAGCAGGCGACUGAAUAUGUGCGCUCGCGCGGAACAAUCAUUGCGAUUGGGUUGCCUCCUGAUGCAAACCUCAAGGCGCCCGUUUUCAACACCGUUGUUCGCAUGAUCAACAUCAAGGGAAGCUACGUCGGUAACCGCCAGGACGGCGUUGAGGCUCUUGAUUUCUUUGCUCGUGGCCUGAUCAAGGCGCCCUUCAAGACGGCGCCGCUGUCGGAUCUUCCGAAGAUUUAUGAGCUUAUGGAGCAAGGAAAGAUCGCUGGUCGCUACGUCCUCGAGAUGCCCGAAUAGACGAUUGAUUCGGAGUACCUGGCUGGUAUAUGAGAUGAAGUAUGAUGUUUGGUUUGGUUCAGGAUUGGCCCGCAAACUGUAUAUACAAGGGUCGAAUCAGAUAGCACAAUUGAUGAUGAUUUCCAAGAAACUAC